AAAACCCGUCUGAGGGGGGUCAAUUAUUAGAAAUAACAGCACAUGAACGUUGUUCCGGAAUAUUUUAACAGUCUGUCUGUAUCUGUCUUAUCAACGCUUUUUUAUCGUUAAUAUGUUUUUUUUGGGUGAAACUGAUAGUUUGCUCCACUGUUGGAGACAAACUUACCGAUUGUGAAGACCUAUCACUCGCUGCUUUUUCGCCCCCACAGCCCACAGACUGACCCCCGGGGGGACGUGGAGCAUAGCUGCGGACAUGUUAGCAAGCGAUUCCACAUUUGAUGGAAGAAAGCAACUUUGAUUUUAGACAGGCGGUCCGUCCAGGUGACCGUAUGCGACUGCUUCACCAGCUAAGAAGCAAUUUCUGGUCUGUAGCCAGCUAACUUUAGCCUUGUCAGUUUGUGGCCUGCACUGCUUCUUCCUACCUGCGCUUUCGGUGGAACCCCUCCCCAUCACGGUAAGGGCCAUGGACUUCCCGGGACACUUUGAGCAGAUCUUCCAGCAGCUAAACUAUCAGCGUGUCCACAGUCAGCUGUGUGACUGUGUAAUCGUGGUCGGCAGCAGACACUUUAAGGCCCACCGCUCAGUGCUGGCAGCCUGUAGCACCCACUUCAGAGCCCUGUUCACCGUCGCAGAGGGAGAUGCCAGCAUGAAUAUGAUCCAGCUGGACAGCGAGGUGGUGACGGCUGAAGCUUUUGCUGCUCUGGUGGACAUGAUGUACACCUCAACACUGAUGCUGGGGGAAAGCAAUGUGAUGGACAUCCUCCUUGCAGCCUCACACCUGCACCUCAACAAUGUAGUGAAAGCCUGUAAACACUAUCUGACCACUCGCACACUGCCUAUGUCCCCCUCAUCUGACAGAUCAACCCACCACCACCCACAGCAAGACCAGCAGAGGCACAGGCAGCAGCAUCAGGUAGCAGAGUUAACAGUGAACCCUACUCUAGCUGCUAACGCCAGUCUUGCAGCAAACUCUGCUACAUCGAAGUUGCAGCGCUCCUUCAUGUUGCAGCAGCUGGGGCUCAGCUUGGUGAGCUCUGCUUUAGGUGGAAUGGAGGAGGAUGUGGUGGGAAAUGUCGUUGGCAGUAGGACGGUGGAGCAGAGAGCCUCCUUCCCUAUCCGACGCUUCCAUAAACGGAAGCCUUCUCUGGCACUGGGCCUAUCAGAGGAGAGACCAAGGCAGAGGCAGCGCCCCUCUGCUCCUAACCUGGGGUUGCUAGGAGAAGACAGAGUGAAUGCAGAGCGAGAAGAAGGGGUGCUCCUCUCCCCGGACUCCCACAAGAUGGGAGAUGAAAUCAAAUUGGAUGCUGCAAUUACUGGCCGAGUAGUGUCCCAAGAUGACCCUCAGAUGCCCAGCCAGUCUGACAGUGGACACUGUGAGGGGGAGGACUUGGGGAGAACGCAGGGAGGGGUGGGUAAGGAGGAGGACAUGGGAGACAGGGACCACCAGGACAACAGAACAGGGGUGAAGAUGAAAUCAGGAACAGAAGAGGAGGAGGAUGAAGAACAGAAGGUGGUGGUUAAACGAGAGCCACUCAGCUCACCUGAGCCAACCGAUGAAAUCAGCGACGUGACCUCGCAGGCUGAAGGUAGCGACCCGGCUGAGCCAGGGGGCCAAGAGGAGGAGAAGGUGGAGCUGAGCCCAGAGAGCAGUGACCGCAGCUUCACCUCUGAAACCCAGCCCAGCUCCCAGCUCCUCCUGAAGAGCAGCAUGGGAGGAGGCAGUGGAGUCGGGGGAAGUUUUGGGUGUAAUAACGGAUUGAACAGCAAACCCGGUUUCAAUAUUUCUAGCUUCCUUGGUACUAAGGAUUUUGGAAGUGGCGAUGCAGGGUUGAUUGGUGGAGAAGAUGAUCUCCCUAACACAACAACUGGCGACGCAGUCGCACAUCACUUUCUGCUGAGACAGGAAGCUGCUGAGCCGCAGAGCUCUGCCUCUUCCUCUCUUCUGCAGUCAGGUCCGCACAGUUUUGGAGAUAACCUUCAGGCUGAUUCUCUGUUCCUUCGCCCCCUGCAUGAGGGUUUGGGGAACCCCAGAGGAAGUGGGGGAAGUGGAGGGGUUGAUCCAUUUGGUUUGGACUUCCAGCGCUCUAGUCUGGGGCUGCACUCACUGGGACGACCCUCACGAGGAGCUGGAGGAGCCCCCGCCACCACUCUGGGUUAUCCAGGCUACAGACGUAUUGCUCCAAAAAUGACUGGAAGCAUGGGGGCAGAAGAAGGAGUAGCUGGUGUUCUCCAGGAUGCUUCCUCUUCCUCGUCAAGUCUGGCAAGUCCCCUGCUCCUCAAUGAGAGUGGUGGGUAUGAGAUGAACAGUGGCAGGCCCACAUCCCUCCCCCCUCACCUCACCCGAGCUUCAGCAGACGUCCUGUCCAAGUGCAAGAAGGCUCUGUCGGAGCACAAUGUCUUGGUGGUCGAGGGAGCUCGGAAAUAUGCCUGUAAAAUCUGUUGCAAAACCUUCCUCACCCUGACAGACUGCAAGAAACACAUCCGCGUUCACACAGGAGAAAAGCCCUACGCGUGUCUCAAGUGUGGAAAGCGCUUCAGUCAGUCCUCCCAUCUGUACAAGCAUUCCAAGACCACCUGUCUGCGCUGGCAGAACAGUAACAUGUCCAAUGCCCUGUUGUAGGACCAACGACAGAGAAGGGAUAUACAGGAUCGGUGAUAGGCUGAAUCCAAUUACUCUGGAUUAUUGUUUGCAAGUGUUCCCUGAUCACAGACCAAAGACAGGCAGGAUAAUGUAAUCAUACACUUUCUAUGAUAUACACACCAUCAAGUCAAUCAAAGUUAUCGUAUACACAGUUUGCAUUUAACAAGAUUUUGGAGAUGUAGGACAAAAACGUCUCAUUCAUUAUUGCUAUGGUUUCAUUAUAGAGUUCAUGUGGUAUUAUGAGGACUUUCCAGUAGUGUCAGUACAUGUUGCCCAUAGGCAUAACAGUGUGAACAGGUCCAGUUGAGGCUCGACUUUAAAAGCUGCCACACUGUUGGCUAUAUUGUGUUUUUAACAAGUGAAGUGAAAUUUAGAUCCGUUGAGGUAUAUAUAGUCUGUGGUUAUGGAAGCGAAUUUGAGUCAGUCAUUGUAACACUCCAGUGUAUGAGUGUUUGCAGAUAAUGGCAGCUGCAGAUAACAUGUAAAAUAUUGUGCUUAUAUGUAGAUUUUUUAUUGCACAUUUGGAAAACUUGUAGCAGCAUCUCACAUCAAACUGUAGAUUCACCAUAACUGCGCAUACUGGCUGUGCCUUGUUCUGUAACAAGGGAAGUGAAAUAUAGAAAGUAAUUCAGAUAUGGAUGCCAGAUACACUGCCUCUAAAAAGUACAGUCUCUAUCCUGUGAGACAGUCUAGCUAAAGCUGAAAUUAGUAACUUUCAGCAAGAGCAUCUAGUGUUGCAGUUACAAUGUGAUGAAAUGGCCGGGUGGCAUACAUGUGAUUCUUAUAUUUACUGAAGUAAAAAAAAAAAAAAAAAUAGAGGCAUUGCUAACCAUGACAGGAGCAACCCAAAAAAAAGCCAUUGGACAUUUCUCAGUAGUUGAUUACAGAUAUCCAUGCAUAUUCGACCACUAAAACAACUAUAGUCAAAUUGCUGUGAGGUAUUUGACCUCUUUAGUUGCCUUUCAGUCCAACCACCUAUGAAUUAGCAUCAUUGAUUGCGUUAGAAGCUCAGUUAGAGUUAACAAUAUAUAAGAUAAUUCAGUUUGCACUGAUGGGGCCCUCUCACUUCAUGUGACUAUGGGAAUAAAUGUCUUACUUUUGAUACAUUUAUACCUGUAGUUUGCGAGAACAAGUAUUGGAUACAUAGGAAACGUUGAAUUGU